UUAAUUUUAAUGGCUCACUCACAUUUCCACACGUACAGCUACAGCCUAUCAACCAAAUCGGCUUCUUGCUCUUGAGAUCUUCUUCUUCAUAAUCCCUACUAAUUAACUCAGCCUCAAUUAGCGCCCUUUUUACAGGAAAAGAAAAACCCUCAAAAACCCCAUUUCGCCGCAUGUUCUGAGCUCUUCCCCAGAUCCAAUUUCAACUCCACACCGAUUUUUUCUUUUGCACAAGACCCAUCACCAUGAUUCUAAGAAAACCCACUUACAGAUUCAUCCCUCUUGCCUUCACCCUCCUCUUGUUGUUCGGAUUCUUGGCCAUUGUUAGCUCAUCCGAGACCAACACAGUUGAAAAUGGCGAUGAAGAUUUCGAGGGUUUCGAGGAAUUGUUGGCAUUGGACGAAGAAGAAGAGAAUCAGCAGCAGGAUGGGGCUAAUUUGAGGACCUCGGAGGCAGAGGUAUUGAGUAAAGCCCAGAGGAUAGUUCUUGAGCUUAGUAAUGAUAACAGUGAGAGAGUGAUCCAACAAAAUGAGUACGUUUUGCUUCUGGGUUAUGUCCCCUGGUGCGCCAGGAGUGCGGAGCUUAUGCCCCACUUCGCCGAGGCAGCAAAUUCACUUAAGGAAUUGGGGAACCCCAUUUUAAUGGCGAAGCUUGAUGCCGAUCGCUAUCCAAAAGCAGCCUCUACCCUCCAAAUUAAGGGGUUCCCUACACUGCUUUUGUUUGUUAAUGGGACUUCUCAAGCUUACACUGGCGGAUUCACUGCGGAAGAGAUUGUGAUCUGGGUCCAGAAAAAGACUGGUGCCCCUGUUAUCAAUAUAAGCUCUUUGAACGAAGCUAAAGAAUUUCUAAAGAAGCACCACAUCUUUGUUGUCGGUCGGUUUGAGAAAUUUGAGGGGCCUGCAUACGAAGAAUUUUUUAAAGCAGCCUCAGAUGAUAAUGAAUUCCAGUUUGUUGAAGUGAGUAACGCUGAAGUUGCAAAGACUCUGUUCCCUGAUAUUAAACCCUCAAACAAUUUCCUUGGACUUGUUAAGGAAGAGCAGGAAAGAUAUACGAUAUAUGACGGAUCCUUUGAAAGGGAAAAGAUCUUACACUUUUUGGAGCAAAACAAGUUUCCAUUGGUCACCAGACUGACUGAAAUGAACUCUAUCCGAGUUUACUCCAGCCAUGUUAAACGUCAGGUUAUCAUUUUCACCAAUGACGAUGAAUUCAAGAAUCUCCUUGAGCCCCUUCAGAAUGUUGCAAGAAAGCUCAAGUCGAAGAUAAUGUUUAUAUACACAGACAUUGCAAAUGAAAAUCUCGCAAAGCCCUUCUUGUCAUUAUUCGGUCUCGAAGAAGCAGACAAAACUGUGGUUGCUGCUUUUGACAAUGGAAUGAGCUCAAAGUUUUUGUUGGAGUCAGAUCCGACCCCGAGCAACAUAGAAGAGUUCAGCAGAGGUCUUUAUGAUGGUACUCUGUCUCCUUACUUCAGAUCACAGCCAAUACCAAAUAACGAGGGGGCAAGCGUUCAGGUGGUUGUGGGAAGGACAUUGGAAGACCUGGUUUUGAAGAAUUCCAACAAUGUUCUAUUGGAGGUGCACACGCCAUGGUGUAUUUCCUGCGAGACAACGAGCAAGAAUGUGGAGAAGUUGGCCAAGCAUUUCAAAGAUUCCCAUAAUAUAGUUUUUGCCAGAAUUGACGCUUCUGCAAACGAACACCCUCAACUUCAAGUAGACGAUUAUCCAACUCUCCUAUUUUACCCAGCUGCCGAUAAAUCAAAUCCGAUAAAACUUUCGAGCAAGUCGAGCUUGAAGGAUUUGGCUAAGAACAUUGGCAAACGGUUGAAGUCUGAGGAGCAGCCUGAGGCCACUAACAAAGACGAACUAUAGAUAGAAACAACCAAGUUUUUACAUUUCAAACACAUCCAACUGAGGACCAGCAGCAACUACAAAUUAAUCAAGUUUCAAGGCAUACACACUGUAAUUGUCGUCGGAGAUUCUAAUAUUAUUACAUAAGUUUUAUGUAUUUUAAUACCAACGCCUGCCUUUGAAAUAAACUUAACUUACUAUCCUUCUUAAU